AUGGCCUCCAACAACCAUGCACAUGGUAAAUCUCUCAUUUCCUUCGCUACGUUUCCCACUGCCUCCAGCAACGGUAAGCACAGAUGCCGGAGCGAGAGCCCGCAGCCGCUCAAGGAGCGCAUUGCACAGUCCUCACACCCAACACCGCCCUCCUCGCGCGACGACACAUACGUCGGCCAGGCUGACUACCAUGGCACCUUCAUUGACACUCACAAAGGCAUCGCAGCCCAGGACAGACUCGCAAAUGCCCCGCCGACCGUCAACCCGAACGUCGCCUUCGGGCUCAACUACAACCCUGCCGAUCUGCUGAACCCUCGUGGCGCUGCCAUGGUGUCGCGCCCGAAUGCUGCAGCUAACAUGUCGCUGGCGAGUGGUGUGAACGGGCUGAACGGUUCGAGCAACGCUGGCCCUCUCGACUUCCAAUUCUCGAGUCCCAACGAAGGCACCGCAUCGAGCACCAGUACCCCGCCGUCCUUUUCGUCGCAAGGCACCGAGAGCGCCCGACAUACGCCGACACCGAGUGGCUUCGCAAGUAUGUUUGAGCGCAUGAAUAACGUUCAGGACCGCUCCUCCGUGCCGCAACCAAAGCGCCGAAAAGUCGAGGCGGAGAACGGCAAUCAGCAUCACAGCUUUAGCGGAGGCGGCAGUGGUAUAGUCGGCCAGGCCAUCAAGGAUAAACGUGCUGAGGCUGCGAAAAACCCGGCUCUUGGUCGCGUUGACACAGUCGAUCUCACCGAAACACUGGAUGAUGAUAGUGACAUCGUCGAGGUCACGGAUGCGAAAGAUCAAGAGGUGUGCUUCGGUAUGCUUCAAAGUGCUAAAAUCAACUUCGACGUGGUACCAAGCCCCAAGCCGGGACAGCGUGCUCUGGAUGAUCAAUACUGGCCGCAAGUCAAGAUCAUGCUGAAUCGAAAGCAAGGCGACCCAACGCACAUCAUCUUUGCGAAAGACCAUACGCGGAGAAUCGUCGGUCGCGUUGAUCACCAGACUGCGCUGGGAAUCUCGCCGCUUCUGGAUUCUCGCCUUCACCUCCGAACCGAGUGCAAGCUUAAGUCUCGUAAGAAGAAGCCCGGCGAGCAUGUUGGCAACCAAAUCUCCGAGUCACUUCCCUUCGACUGUAUAUUAUACGGUCCCAGACGCUCAGGCAAGGCUGUCGUCCGACACCUGAUGAACAAGGGCCUCCGGUUACUUCAUCCCACAAUCGUGGAGAGGGGCAUAGAAUAUGAAAACCCUAUGAAUCAGCUGGUCGUCCAACAGCAGCCUGUCGUAAGGCCGCAGUUCGUACCGGCCAGUACUGCUUCGUCUGUUCAUCCUCCGGUUAUGAGGACUGUCGAGGAGGUUCGUACCGAGGUGAUGGGCGUGUUCGAUUCUCUCACUAGGAGUGAAGACCUUCCCGAGAUGGAGCCCGACCCGAGAAUCACGUCCCAACUCCUCAAGCAUCAAAAACAGGGUCUCCAUUUCAUGACCAUGAGGGAGAAGCCUGUCGAGUUGCGAGCUGAUGGCAAAUCAGCGAAUUCAUUCUGGCGCGUUCGUAUCGGAAACAGCGGCCAGAGGAUCUAUCACAACGUCAUUACUGGUCAGAUGCACUCGCGACCGCCGCCGGAUACCUUUGGUGGUAUACUUGGCGAUAUGAUGGGCCUUGGAAAGACGUUGAGCAUACUGUCUCUCAUCACUGGCUCUCUUGACGUAGCAGAGGAAUGGUCCAAAGCGCAGCCCCAGCAGCCCCCGCCCCCUCCUGCACCCAAGAAAAAUGGACGAUUUGAUGUACCUGCACCGGCGCCUCUAGCAUUGACAACCCCAGUACUCAACUCGCGGGCGACUCUACUGGUCUGUCCCCUGAGCACCGUUGCGAACUGGGAGAUUCAGAUCAAAGAGCACAUUAAGCCUGGCACUCUCAAAUACUACAUCUAUCACGGGCCGAAUCGAAUCAAGGACGCCAAGAAACUUGCCGAAUUUGACCUCGUCAUUACGACAUACGGCUCAGUCUCCAGUGAGCUUCGAGCUCGACAUCGGGGAGCUCGGGGACCUCAUCCUCUUGAAGACAUCAGUUGGUUUCGCAUAGCUCUGGACGAAGCACACAUGAUCCGCGAGCAGUCCACCCUGCUGUUCAAAGCCAUCUGCCGCCUACAAGCCAAUCGGCGAUGGGCUGUCACUGGUACCCCUGUACAAAAUAAGCUGGAUGACCUAGCAGCUCUCCUCGCCUUCAUUAGACUAAAGCCAUUCGACAACAAGGCCAUGUUCACGCAGCAUAUCGUAGCACCCUUUAAGGCCUGUGACGCUGAGAUCGUCCCCAAGCUGAGAAUUCUCGUCGAUAGCGUCACCCUAAGGCGAUUGAAGGAUAAGAUUGACCUGCCGCCCCGAGUCGAUCAAAUCGUUAAGCUCAAAUUCUCGCCAUCUGAAGAGAAACUAUACAAGCUAUUUGAGCAGAAGGCUCAGGACAAAGUCGACAUUGUGACUGCAGGUCGGGAGAGAAUGCUUGGCGGAAGGACCUACAUUCACAUUCUGCAGUCAAUCCUGAAGCUUCGGCUCAUCUCUGCGCACGGCAAGGAUUUAUUGAAUGACGACGAUCUCAAGCUAUUACAAGGAAUGACCGAAGAUUCUGCGAUCGAUCUCGACAGUGGCGACGAAGACGAAACCGAGAAGCCGGCAAUCACAGAGUCGGGUGCUUAUGAGGCCUUCGAUCUGCUGAAGGACACCAACAAUGACAGCUGCAAUGAAUGUGGCCAGUCUCUCAGCGCAGCGAGUGACGAUGCAGAUGCAGAAUCAGAACGUGACGAAGUAAUACUGGGUUACAUUUCUCAGCACUAUCAUCUGAUCUGCACAAAGUGCAAGCCAAAGUGGGAGCAGACUGUAAGUGGUCAGGCAUCGGGUGAUUGCCCUUAUUGCGCAAAUACCACCAGAUAUGCGCUUCGCGAGCUACGAAAGGAUCGCGCUGAAGCUGAGCACGAAUCGCACCACGCCGGCGUAAAGGGGAAGUCCAAAACGCCAAACAUGGGUGGCUACUCUGGACCUCACACGAAGACGCGUGCAUUGGUGGAUGAUCUUCUCAAGUCCCAGGCACAGAGUGAGGCUAACCCGCAUGAGCCUCGUUACAAAUCCGUCGUCUUCUCUGGAUGGACAUCCCAUUUGGACCUGAUCCAGAUUGCGCUCGACGACGCGGGCAUCGUCCACACUCGUCUGGAUGGCAAAAUGUCACGCACUCAACGUACGGCCGCAAUGGACAGGUUCCGUGAGGACCCGGCCCUGGAUGUGAUCUUGGUUUCCAUCACAGCCGGCGGCUUGGGUCUCAACCUAACUGCUGGUAACAAUGUCUACGUCAUGGAACCGCAGUUCAACCCAGCUGCCGAAGCUCAGGCUGUAGACCGAGUGCAUCGUAUUGGACAGAAGCGUCCUGUGCGCAUUACCCGCUACAUCAUGGAGCACAGCAUGGAAGAGAGCAUGCUGGUCCUACAGGAUAAGAAGAACAAACUGGCCAGCCUUUCCAUGAACCGUGGGAAGACCAUGGACAAAGCUGAAGCAGCGAAGCAGAAGCUUAUGGAUCUCCGAAGUCUGUUCAAAUAA